AUGUUCUUUAAAUUCGUUCUAUUUUUUCUUCUCCUUGAAGGAGUUGUAGCAUCACAACAAGAAGACCUUGAUUUCACUUACAAUGGUUUUCAAGGAGUUAACAUGAGCUUGGACGGCUUAGCCCAGAUUACAAACAAUGGCCUUCUCAUGUUAGUAAAUGGCACUACUCAACAGGUGGGUCAUGCUUUCUACCCCAAUCCACUUCACUUCAGGAAUUCAUCCACCGGUAUUGCCCUUUCCUUCUCCACUACUUUUGUAUUUUCCAUGGUAGUUGGGGCCUCUGGUUUCACGUUCGUGAUUGCACCCUCAAAAGAGUUCCCAGGUGCUUUGCCAGCAACUUAUGUCGGCCUCUUCAACCAGACCAACAUUGGCAAUUCAUCCAACCAUAUCGUAGCAAUCGAGCUUGAUUGCAAUCAAAACAAGGAGUUCGAUGACAUCGAUGCAAACCACGUCGGUAUCGAUAUCAAUGACUUGAAAUCUGUUCAAUCUGCACCUGCUUCUUACUUCAGUAAUCAAGAGAAUCGGCAUGUAAACCUUAGCCUCAUCAGUGGAGACCCCUUGCAACUCUGGGUGGAAUAUAAUGGUGCAGUAAAGCAACUUAAUGUGACUUUAGCUCCUAUUAAAGUCCCUAAACCAAGUAUCCCACUCUUGUCCUUCAAAAUUGAUCUUUCUCAAAUCAUCCUGGAUUCCAUGUUUGUGGGGUUCUCCUCAGCUACAUACUCCUUUCCAGUUUCCUAUUAUGUUUUGGGAUGGAGUUUUAGAAUGAAUGGGGAAGCAAGAGAACUCACACCCUCCCAACUUCCUAAGCUUCCUAAAACUAGACAUAAAACCAGACGUGAGCCUUUUAUUGUUGCAUUUUCUGUGAUAGUGGCUACUCUAGUGUUACUCUCGGUCUUCUUUAUCAUCCGAUUUAUGGUAAAAAGAAAGAGAAAGUUUGCCGAAGUGCUUGAAGAUUGGGAACUCGAUUAUGGACCUUACAGGUUCAAAUAUAAAGAUCUUUACAUUGCAACCAAGGGAUUCAAGGACAAGGAGCUUCUUGGAACUGGUGGCUUUGGUAGGGUCUAUAAAGGUGUAUUACCUACAUCCAAGACAGAAGUUGCAGUAAAGCGAGUCUCCCAUACUUCUAAACAAGGGGAGAAAGAAUUCAUUGCUGAGAUCAUUAGCAUUGGAAAUUUGAGGCAUCGGAGCAUAGUAACACUCUUGGGCUAUUGUCGACGUAAGGAGGAACUCCUUCUAGUCUACGAUUUCAUGCCCAAUGGGAGUCUAGACAAACUCCUUUUUGAUCAAACAACAACGAGCACAAUGCUGAGUUGGUGUCAAAGAUUUCGAAUAAUAAAAAGUGUGGCAGCGGCAUUGUUGUAUUUGCAUGAAGAAUGGGAACAAGUUGUGGUUCAUAGAGACGUGAAGUCCAGUAAUGUCUUAUUAGACAAGGAGCUAAAUGGUAGAUUGGGAGAUUUUGGACUUGCAAGACUGUAUGAUCAUGGAACUGAUCCUCAAACCACCCAUGUAGUGGGGACAAUUGGUUAUCUUGCACCAGAACUUUGUAGAACUGGCAAAGCGAACCCAAGUGUGGAUGUGUAUGCAUUUGGGGCUUUUUUGCUCGAAGUUGCUUGUGGUAGGAAGCCCAUAGAGCCAGAAGCAUCUGAAGAUUGUACCGUUCUGGUGGAUUGGGUGAUCUCAUGUUGGAGUAAGGGCUCAAUUCUUGAUACGGUGGACCCAAAAUUGGGGAUGAAUUAUGAAGUGAAGGAAAUGGAGUUAGUGUUAAAACUUGGAUUGCUUUGCUCUCACUCGGUUCCAACUUCAAGGCCACAUAUGCGAAAAGUUAUGUGCUAUUUGGAGGGGGAGAUUCCUCCACCAGAGCUGACGUGCUUGGUAUAA